UUAAAAUUAAAAGGUUUAAUAGGUAAACUCAAUAAAUUGUAUCCAAGCAAAAUCCCCUUUCGCCGUUACCAUAAACUGUAUCCAAGACUGUGUCUUUCGCUUUGUUGCAGCGAUGGAGAAACCAUGAUUUCAAUAAGGAGCUGGAGAUGCCUUUCUGAUUUUCAGCUUCAUCGGCUAAUGGGUAUUCUUGAUUCCGUUUCUUAUAGUACUUCUACCAGCAGUAAACAUACGAGAGGUAAAAGCAAUUCUGAUUCAUUCCAUAACGCUGAUGAUGCUUUGUCUUCUUUUGAUUUGAUGCUUAGUUGUAAUCCCUCAUCUCCUAUUAUUGAAUUCAAUAAAAUAUUAUCUGCACUUGUUCGAAUGAAACAUUUUGCUGCUGUCAUUUCUCUGUCCAAACAGAUGGAAUUGUUUGGGAUUUCGUUCAAUGUUUGCUCCAUUAAUAUUUUGAUUAAUUGCUUCUGCCGCCUAGACCGUGUGGAUUUUGGGUACUCUCUUAUGGGGAAACUCUUCAAACUUGGUUUUAAGCCUAACAUUAUAACGCUUACUACCUUAAUCCACGGGCUUUGUAGAGAGGAUAAAUUUGUUGAAGCUGUGGAUUUGUUUGAUGAUAUUGUUGAAAAAGGAAUGGUCUGUGUAAAAUUGGGAAAACCAAUGUGGCCUUUUGGUGUUCUGAAAAGAAUGGUCGAGGAAGGUUGCCUGCCUAAUGUGGUGUCAUACAGUGCUAUUAUUGACAGUCUCGGCAAGGACACAUUGGUUGCUGAGGCAUUAGACCUCUUCUUGAAAAUAAAGAGCGAAGGUAUCUUACCUAAUGUUGUGACCUACAACACCUUAAUCCGUGGUCUGUGCAUGUCAAUCAGGUGGAAGGAAGCUUUUAUGCUGCUUAACCAAAUGUUGAGAGCAAACAUCGCACCAGAUUUAAUUACCUUCAAUACUUUGGUUGAUGGACUUUGUAAGGAAGGAAAGGUUUCAAGGGCUCAUGGCAUAGUCAUAUUGAUGAUGCAGAGAGGACUAGAGCCUAAUGUUAUCAUCUACAGUUCAUUAAUGGACGGAUAUUGUGUACACAACCAAAUGGAUCAAGCUAGAGAAAUUUUUAACCUGAUGGUAAGCAAGGGCUGUACACCAACUGUUGUUACCUACAGCAUCUUGAUUCAUUGUUAUUGUAAGAGAAAAAGGAUAGAUGAGGCAAUGCGGCUUCUUGAUGAAAUGCCUUGCAAAGGCUUGAUGCCUAACGAUUACACUUAUAAAAAAAGGAUAGAUGAGGCAAUGCGGCUUCUUGAUGAAAUGCCUUGCAAAGGCUUGAUGCCUAACGAUUACACUUAUAAUUCUCUUAUACAUGGCUUGUGUAAAGCAAAGAGCCCUUGGGCUGCGCAUAAGUUUUUCAAGAACUUGUGUUCUAGUGGCCAUUCUCCAGAUAAUGUAACCUACUCAAUUCUAAUAGACGGCUUUCAUAAGCAUAUGUGUCUUGAUAUGGCGUUGGAUCUAUUUCAUGAAAUGCAAAAGAACUUGUUGAAGCCUCACCUUAUUAUUUAUAAUACCCUAAUUGAUGGUAUGUUCAAGGCUGGUAAGGUUAAAGAUGCAAAGGAACUGUUUUCGUUGUAUCCUGAUGUUUACACAUACAAUUUAAUGGUCAAUGGACUUAGUAAAGAAGGAUUACUUGAUGAAGCAUUGAAGGUUUUCAGGAAAAUGGAAGGGAAUGGUUGCUCACCAAAUGGUUGCACUUAUAACGUGAUUAUCCAAGGAUAUCUCUGACACAAAGAUGUGUCCAUGGCAAAACAACUUAUUGAUGAAAUGGUUGGCAAGGGGUUUUCUGCAGAUGCCACUACUAUGGAGUUGGUAGUAAACGAUGACCUGCUUGUGAAAAAGCUACUGAGCUGCUCUAAAAGUACUGAGCUGCUCUAA